UGGUGCUGGCCUGCGCUUCCCCGCGCCGGGCGCCGCGGUGCAGGGCGAGCGAGCGCGCGCGCGCACGGGCUCCCCGCGCAGUGAUGUGGCAGCGGCGCAGGUCGGAUCACGUUGCUGGCCCUGUGCUGGUACCCGCUGGAGACAGGAUUAAGGAGGGAGGCUCUGGAGGUGCUAGCGGUAGUAAACGUGGGCUCGGCACACUCCCGGCGUGGCUUAUCGCACGGGGCUGGGGGGUGGGGAUCGGAACAGAACGCGGUGUCACCCGAGGCGCAGAGGGGCGCGGAGUUGAGCGAGCGGGCGAGUGAGGAGUGCGGCGCCGCCUCUCCGCCGCGGCCGCUCUCGGGCCACCCCCGUCUCCCCCCCCACCCGCCUUCCUCCGGGAGCCCGAGAGGCCCCAAAACGUCGUCAUCUGCCACAGUGAUUAGUGGCACCGCAAUUCCGGCUGCUGCGGGAAGUUUAGGUGACCCAGGGACACGGUGUCGGCGAGAGGCACUUGGAAUGCGACAUUUUGAACCCAGUGACUACGUUUUCAUUGCUCUUACAUCCUUCAAGGAGUGAAUUUCAAGUUGCCCCGUUGGGGGGGGGGGUAACCUCCAACCCAGCUCCAAGGAGGUCCUCCUCCCCCGGGGCUCGGAGCGGUGAGCAAACAAGUCUCCCAAAUUUCCUGGGACUGAAGUCUACCCACUGCGAAGCCUCUUUCUCCUGCCUUUCUCUAGUCCAAAGCACCAGCACAGGCGGUGGAAAAGCAACAAGCCACGUUCACGUUUUGCACCGUAACGCCGGCCGAGCCCAGGAAGCCCCGGCCGCCCCGCUGCCGGCGCCCCCUCCCCCACGCGGACUGCGUCGCCUCUGGAAGAUGAAUAGCUUGGCCGAAGUUGUUUUUCCUUUCCGGUGGCCCUGAUCAGGUGUCCCCGCCCACUCCCGCCGCUCCCGUCUCCCGACGCCCCCUCCCGGCCCGGCCCCUCCUCCCCCGCCCCCCUCCGGGCUGGACCGCGGAUGGUACGUUCCGCACGUGAGCUGGGUGCUGGUCUGGCCGGCGACGCGCGUGCCCUGUGGCCAAACACUGCCCCGAGUGAGAGCAAACUACCAGCGCAGUGGGGCCGGCGCGAGUGUGUGUGUGCGUGUGUGUGCGCGCGUGUGUGCGAGCGAGUGCGGGGGGUGGGGGACCAACUGGUUCACACUUUCAACACUGCACUGAAGAGGGAGAGAGAGAGAGAGACUGGAGACGCACAGAUUCCCCCCAAGAUCUCCCAAGGCUGCCGUCCCACAGAUUAUAGAGCAGAGCCCCAAAAAUCGAAACAGAAGAAACGGACAGCGAUUGAACAUGGACGAAGGAAUUCCUCAUUUGCAAGAGAGACAGUUACUGGAACAUAGAGAUUUUAUAGGAUUGGACUAUUCCUCACUGUAUAUGUGUAAACCCAAAAGGAGCAUGAAGCGAGACGACAGCAAGGAUACCUACAAAUUACCGCACAGAUUAAUAGAAAAGAAAAGAAGAGACCGAAUUAAUGAGUGCAUUGCCCAGCUGAAAGAUUUACUGCCUGAACAUCUGAAAUUGACAACACUUGGGCAUCUGGAGAAAGCAGUAGUCUUGGAAUUAACUUUGAAACACUUAAAAGCUUUAACAGCCUUAACCGAGCAGCAGCAUCAGAAGAUCAUUGCUUUACAGAAUGGGGAGCGAUCUCUGAAGUCGCCCAUUCAGUCCGACUUGGAUGCUUUCCACUCGGGAUUUCAAACAUGCGCCAAAGAAGUCUUGCAAUACCUCGCCCGGUUUGAGAGCUGGACACCCAGGGAGCCGCGGUGUGUGCAGCUGAUCAACCACUUGCACGCCGUCGCCACCCAGUUCUUGCCCACCCCCCAGCUGUUGACUCAACAGGUUCCUCUGAGCAAAGGCGGUGGCGCUGCCUCGGCCGCCGCCCCCGUGGGGUCCCUGGAGCGCGCGGGGCAGAAGCUGGAGCCCCUCGCCCACUGCGUGCCCGUCAUCCAGCGGACUCAGCCCGGCGCCGAGCUCGCCGCCGAGCACGACACGGACACUGACAGCGGCUACGGCGGCGAGGCCGAGGCCCGGCCGGAGCGCGAGCAGGGCAGAGGCGCGGGGGCGAGCCGCGUCACGGUCAAGCAGGAGCCGCCCGGGGAG